UCAGUUUAAACAUACUAGGUUUUGUCUCUUCAUCCUCGUCACUCUUGGCCUUUCCUCUUUUAUCCUCCAUUUCAAACUAAAAAUCGCACAGCAUCUCUGUGGUCAAUCUGGUCAAUUUAACCUGCUUUUGCUUUUGCUUCUUCUGUGCGCAAGUUUCAGUGAUCGACUGAAUGUUUGUAUUUAUGUGUAUAUGUUGUAUAAGUGUAUUUAAGUACGUAUGGUUGCACGUACAGAGAGAGGCGUGUUAGUUGAUUGAUUAAUUGUUCUUUGAGUGAGUGUUGAGUGUGAAGUUAGCGUAAGUCUGAUAGUCUUUGACGCGAUGGACAAUCGACUUGUUGGCUCGGAGAUUCAUGGAUUCCAUACUUUGAACGAUUUGGAUUUUGGGACCACGAUGGAGGAAGCGAAAACGAGAUGGUUACGCCCAAAUGAAAUUCAUGCCAUAUUAAGCAAUAGCAAGCAUUUCAGCAUUAGUGCUAAGCCAGUGAACUUGCCCAAAAGUGGCACUGUUGUAUUGUUUGACCGGAAGAUGCUUAGGAAUUUCCGGAAAGAUGGUCAUAACUGGAAGAAAAAAAAGGAUGGGAAGACUGUUAAAGAGGCUCAUGAGCACCUAAAAGUUGGUAAUGAAGAGAGGAUUCAUGUAUACUAUGCUCACGGGGAAGACAGCCCAACCUUCGUUCGCAGAUGCUAUUGGCUACUUGAUAAGAGUCUGGAAAACAUAGUCCUUGUUCAUUAUCGGGAAACUCAGGAGUUGCAGCGUUCUCCAGCCACCCCACCAAAUUCACAGUCUAGCUCAGUGUCAGACCAGUCUGCUCCAUUGCUUUUACCUGAAGAAUUUGAUUCUGGAGCCGGUCGUGCAUAUUAUGCUGGAGAGAAAGAACUAGCUGCAGAGCCAAAUGACAAUCUAACUGUCCAGAAUCAUGAAUUGAGACUACAUGAAAUCAAUACGCUUGAAUGGGACGAGCUUGUGGUGGCAAAUGAUUCCAACAAUUCAAAUGUAACCAGUCGAGACAAGGUUUCAUACUUCAACCAACAAAAUCACUUGGCGAUAAGUGGGGGCAUGAAUAAUGGCAGCUCUCUUCCAGCCCAUGAUUUAUUUUCUUCUGUUGGUAAUCUAACUCAGCCCAUUGCUAGGAAUGACAAUGCUCAUUUAAAUAUUCUGGAUGGAGUUUAUGGUCAAACUAUGGAGAGUCUGGUGAAUUUAGACAUAGAGAGAAAGGAUUUUACAGUGUGCAGUGGUGAUACCCAGGAAGUUUUGGCUAGUGAUGGUUUGCAAUGUCAGGACAGUUUCGGAAAAUGGAUAAACCAUAUCAUUACUGACUUUCCAGGUUCAGUGGAUAACCCUGUGCUUCAAUCAUCGGUUUCAUCUGGUGAUCCGGAAUAUACUGUCUUUGAUCACAUAUUUAACAUAACAGAUGUUGCACCUGCAUGGGCCUUUUCAACUGAAAAGACUAAGAUUCUAAUUACUGGAUUUUUUCGCGAGGAAUAUUUACAUCUUGCCCAGUCCAAUUUGUUAUGUGUUUGUGGUGAUGUCUGUGUGCCUGCAGAUGUUGUUCAGGUUGGGGUGUACCGCUGUUUGGUAUCACCACAUUCUCCUGGAUUAGUACACCUUUAUAUGAGUAUUGAUGGCCAUAAACCUAUCAGUCAAAUUCUUAAUUUUGAGUAUCGUGCUCCUUUAGUUCAUGAGUCAAUGGUUUCAUCAGAAGACAAGUCUAAUUGGGAAGAGUUUCAACUUGAGACAAGGCUUGCUCAUCUGCUUUUCUCUACAUCCAAGGGCCCUAACCUUUUAUCUAGCAAAGUGUCACCAAAUGCCCUGAAGGAGGCUAAGAAGUUCAGUGUGAAAACCUCUAAUAUUUGCAAUAGUUGGGCAUAUUUGAAAAAGUCAAUUGGAAGCAAUAAGUCUUCAGUUCCAGAAGCUAGAGACAGUUUGUUUGAACUCACUUUGAAGAACAAAUUGAAAGAAUGGCUUGUAGAAAAAAUAGUUGAAGGAUCUAAAACCGCUGAAUAUGAUAGCCAAGGUCAAGGAGUAAUACAUUUAUGUGCCAUUCUUGGAUACACAUGGGCUAUUCAUCUAUUUUCAUGGUCAGGCUUAUCAUUGGAUUUUCGAGAUAAACAUGGGUGGACAGCUCUUCAUUGGGCUGCAUAUUGUGGAAGGGAGAAAAUGGUUGCAACUCUUUUAUCAGCUGGAGCAAAGCCAAACUUAGUCACAGAUCCCACCUCAGAUACUCCUGGUGGAUGGACUGUUGCAGAUCUUGCAUCUAAGCGGGGUUAUGAUGGCUUAGCAGCAUUUCUUUCAGAACAGGCUUUAGUAGCACAGUUCAAUGAUAUGACCGUAGCUGGAAAUAUUACUGGAGCACUGCCAACAGCCUCAAAUAAUAUUCCGAACACUCAGAACCUCACCGAGGAUGAGCUGCAUCUGCAGUAUACUUUGACAGCUUAUCAGAAUGCUGCUGAAGCCGCUGUACGUAUUCAAGCCGCAUUUAGGGAGCACUCACUAAAAGUACAGGCUAAAUCAAUUCGGUUUUCCAAUCCUGAGGAAGAAGCACAAAGUAUAAUUGCUGCAAUGAAGAUUCAGCAUGCAUUUCGCAACUUUGAUAGACGUAAAAGAAUGGCAGCUGCUGCCCGCAUCCAAUACAGGUUCCGUACAUGGAAAAUUCGUAAAGAAUUUCUCAAUAUGCGUCGUCAAGCUGUCAAAAUUCAAGCUGCCUUCCGGGGCUUCCAAUUGAGGAAGCAGUAUCGUAAGGUUCUGUGGUCAGUUGGGGUACUUGAGAAAGCAAUUCUGCGAUGGCGUUUAAAAAGAAAAGGCUUCCGUGGUUUUCAAGUUGACGAUGGUGCCGAAGCAGUUGGAGAUCAGAAGCAGGAUAGUGAUUUAGAGGAGGACUUCUAUCGAACCAGCCGUAAACAAGCUGAAGAGCGUGUUGAGAGAUCAGUUAUACGGGUUCAAGCCAUGUUUCGGUCAAAGAAAGCACAACAAGAAUAUAGUAUGAUGAAGAUGGCUCAUGAGCAAGCAAGGCUCGAAUAUGAAGGGUUACUUCACCCAGAGGUUGAAAUGGAUACUUGAAGAGAAGAAUGGUGUUCCAUUGAUGCUUGGAAGCUUGGAAAUCUGUACAUUUGUAAAUGCCUGUAGGUAAAGUGUGCACUAGCUUGUUGGCCCUUUCAACUGUCAUAUGAUUUUUGAAGAGGUCAUGGUUUCAGUUCAGUGGAUCCAGUCUUUCCUGGCUUAUGAGUGUGGAUUGGAUACGCUCUUUGUAAUUGUCAUGGUUUCAGUUCCUGGCUUAUCUACAAAUUAAUGCUCAUCAUAAUUACCCAUAAUUUUAUUAA